CAGGGCGCAGGCGGAGGUUUGGCAGGGGGGGCCGGGGCUGGCGAGGCGUGAUCGCCCAAGGCCCCUCCUGCCUGCCGGGGAAGCCUUAAAACACCCCGGCGAGGCGCGGAGCCCCGCACUCGGGAGCCCCGACCCACGGGCAAGAAGCGCCUCGUCUCGCCCAGAGCCGUUCCGCUACAGCCGCCGCCAUGCAGGGCACCAUGAGGCUGUGGGUGUCGGUGCUGACUUUCGCCCUGUCGCUGCUGGUCUGCCUGGGGACGCUGGCAGAGGCGUACCCCUCCAAACCGGACAGCCCCGGCGAGGACGCUCCCGCAGAGGACAUGGCCAGAUACUACUCGGCGCUGAGGCACUACAUCAACCUCAUCACCAGGCAGAGGUAUGGAAAGAGAUCAAGCCCAGAGACACUGAUCUCAGACCUCUUGUUGAGGGAAAGCACAGAAAACAUUCCUAGAUCCCGGCUUGAAGACCCUUCGAUGUGGUGAUGGGAUUUUCAGCACACCGUCAAAAUUUUUCCUAGUUUUCAAUUCAUUCUCCACUCCUCUGAAGCAAAUCAUAGCGUCAUUCCCAGUGCAUGCAGCCAUUGUACUGAACUCUGUAGAGUUUUUCCUUCAUCAUAUUUGUAUAUACUUUUAUUUAAAUAAAUUAUUUGUGCAUUCCAAAAUAUAACAUACUAAAUGAGAACAA